AUGUUCGGUGUCUACAAUGGGCCCGGCGAGCCCGAUAAGCCGCUAGAGAUGAUGACUCAGGAGGAACAGGCCGAGGUGGGCGCUAGGAAGAUGAUCGAGUUCAUGCAAUCUUGCCCGGGCAAAUCCAUCAUGUCUGGUGUCACUGGUUUUGGUCUCGGUGGUGUCUUGGGUAUAUUCAUGGCUUCUUUGGCCCACGACUCCCCAACGGCGCCUGGUAACAUCAACCACUUGCCGCUCAAGCAGCAGAUGAAAGUCAUGGUCACAGAUGCCGGUUCUAGAGCAUGGUCCUCGGCUAAAAACUUCGGAUACAUUGGUGGCAUCUACGCCGGCGUCGAGUGCUGUAUCGAGAGCUUGAGAGCCAAACACGACCUCUAUAACGGUGCCGCUGCUGGAUGUGCUGCAUUCAUUGGUUGCGCUGGUUUCGCUGCAUUCUCCACCGCCAUCGAGCUCUAUAUGAUGUCCGACUCCGCUGCUCCCCCUAUGAACGACUACGACGACUGA